GCUCACGGUAACGUCGUGGAUUAUUUCCACGAGCUUCUGAUUGAAGCAUGACCGCGUGCCCCGUGUCCGUUCUUGUCCGGGUUGAAGCAUGAGUCGCAUUGUUUUUUCUUCGAGGUUUUUGGAAGUCGAGUGGACUGCAAGUUAAUUUUUAUUAUCAUUUCCGGUCUUGCGUCCUGUAUUUUGGACCAAAGCUGAGCAAAAGUGUGAAUUCAGUCAUUAAGAGUAAAGAAUGAAAUAUUUACAAUAAAAUACCAUAAAGUACAAUAUUACUCAGAGACAAGUUAAACAAACAAAUGGAUAAAUGUGCUCUGCUGGAGAGUAGAAGUGGUGGGCGUGGCACAAGCGCAGGUGAGUGAAGAAGAGAAUCCGGAAGCGAGGAUUAUGUAGGUUGUGAUUUUCUCGGUUACACGAAAACAAGACCACACUGAGUACAAAAAUUCUAAGGUAGGAGACCAUCAUUGUGUGUCUUCGUGUUAUUCAUUAUCCAACUAACAUUGACAGAAAACACAAACAAACCUAAUGAGGGGUUAAACUUUACAGCAGGCAUGACAGGACAGGUGCGUUGCUACUGCGAAUUAAAAUGCAUCGAAAAUAAUUGGCAAUACUUAUAGCUUCCAUGUUGAGUCCUCCUUUAACUUGCCAACUUUAAGUAAAGUCACCGUUAUUUAUACAGCAUAUUUAAAGCAACAGCUGUUGAGCCAAAGUGCUGUCCAAUAGAAAAACAAGAUUAGAGUUUAAGCUAAGCUAACAAGUUUAAACAUUUAGGUUAACAACCUGCAGUGUAAGUUACGGUGUGAAGCUACCUGAGCAAUUGAAAUGUUAAGGAUUAAAAACCCUCAAAAAUUAUAAAAACAACUCUAACUGGAUAUAAUAAAUAUUUAAGCCAACACCAUUCAGUGUUAUUAAUUAUUGAGAUUCCCCUAAUUGAAAUUUUAAGGCUUAGACCCUACGGUGUUAUUAAUUAUGGAGUUUAACUUCACUUAAAACUAAAGUUAUGAACCUACUAAAAUGUACAAACUCAAGGAUUGUCUGGAUCUCCCAUGAGUAGGCUUUAUUUGUAUGUGUAGCCUAGUACUUGGUGUUUUUAAGUUUAUUUUUCUGUAUUUGUGAUGGUGCAGAGAAAUGACUUCUUUUUAGCAGAAGGACCUUCAGCAGAACCAGGUGAAAAGUAGACUGCAGAUCCAGAAUAACCAAAGAGAGACACAGAGAGAGAUGAAAGAGAACCACAGGGAGAGAUGACACAAAGUUAAUAAUAACAUAUAAAAGCAAAUAUAGAUGCAUGGAGGACAUGAGAAGGAAAAAUAGAUAUAUGAACAUGAUAAUUAAGGUAAAGCCAUGGCUAAGUUAAAAACAAAGAAGAGAUUCAACUACAGUAGCAAGAAAACUGAGUGAAAUCAGACAAUCAAUCAAUAGCUUCAUCAAACAGCUUCAUCUUUAUGUUCUUUUACCUUCGAUCAAACUCGUCCUCUAUACAUCCUGCUACACCUGAGCCCUCAAAUUAUCACCACCCUCUGCUCAACCAUCAGUUCCAUGAAUGAAGAAGCUCAGACACCCAGCCAUUAAUCCUCAUUAAAUAAUCCUCCAUGUGGCUGUACUGUUUGCAGCGGCUUGUACCUGCGCUUGUAGCCGCAGACAGACAAGCCAGCUAUCCACUUUGCUUAUAAGAGUCUGUAAUAGGAUUCAUGGCCAUAAUCUUCUUAUGGAUCAGAGAGAAGAUGCCAGAGAGGGGAAGACACCACCAGAGGAGCGAUGCAGAGUACAAGAGCAGGGACAAACACUAUUCACACAGCGGAGAGGACUCUCCGUACGACAGCCGAGACCGCGACCAAAGGCCAAGAUACGUGGACGACAGGGGCUCUGCUGGUGACAGGAGGGCAAAGGAAAACAGACAGAGGGACAUGACAACUGCCUCUCACAGGGAGCCACCUGUUUACAGAGACCAUGACAGUGAAGGACCCUCAAGACUAUCCAGAGAGACUCCAGUGUAUCACUCUGAAAGGGAGUAUUAUGAGCAACCACAGAAACCAGCUCUGUAUACUUUCAGAUACAUCCUAACCAGUAGAGGUCUCUGCCAGCUUAUGGAGCUUUUUGUGAAUCUUCUUAUUGUAAUCUGUGCCGGAGUGCCGUACAGCAACAACGGCGGUUACCGUGACCUGGCCAGCCUCGGGGGGAUCUACUAUUAUCACUUCGGUGGAGCCAACGCCUUCACCGGAGCAGAUGCAGACAGGGUGAAGGAGCUCGACCGGCUUUUCCAUCAGCUCAAGAGGCCUCCGUACGUCUUCACCAUGGCUUGCGGUGGGGUUCUGAUGAUCUACGCCUGUGCCAUGCUCGCUCUGGGGAUUUUCAGGGUCCCUUACCGCUUUCCUCCUGUGCUGCUGGGGGAAGCUCUGGUGAAUUUCCUCAUCGGCCUGGGCUACAUUCCUGCGCUGGCCUUCUACUUCAUCAAACUGCAGGAAACGUACAACAAUCCCAUCUGUAAAGAGAGAGAGGAGAUGUAUAAGAGCAAAGGGCACAAAGGCUUUGAGUGCCAGUACCACGGCGCAGAUAUCGCAGGAGGACUGUUUGGGGUGCUGGGGGUGUUUGUUUUCAUCUUUGGAGCAGUGUUAGCAGUCAGAGCCUUCAGGUCAGUGCGAGAACGAAAGAAGCAAGAAGUAAGAAGUGAAGACAAUUUUUAAGCUGCCUUUUUGACAACAUAUUUUAACAAAAGUGCCACUAGUGAAUAGAAGUCACUGUGACGGGUUAAACUUCACCUGUGUAUCAACCUUUUAUCCACUUAUGUUAUGACUGUGUUUACAACAGUAUUUUUUGUAUUCCUAUCACUUUCCCUUUUGCAUACUUGUAUCUGUUACUUUUUCUACUAUUUUGUAGUUAUAAUAAACUCCUCAAAUGGUACAUCAUGUGUUUUUUUUAUUGUUUUUGUUACAUUUGUGCAUAAAAAAAUACCUGGAAAAUGAAAGGCAGACAGAGAAACAAUUUGAGUGACUAGUAAUAUUUUAAUAUUGAUUUUGUAUUGUUUUGUUAAUGUAAUGUGUUGUAUAUGCAUUGUUUUAAAUAUGAAUGUUUGUUUUUUUAUGGACCUAGGACUACGGAUGGAAAUUAGCAUGAUGCUAAAUCUGGUGCAUCCAUCUUUUUAAUGUAACUGCACGCUGUCCUUUUUUAAAUAAACUAAACAGAAAAGCA